GUGGUUUUGGUCACCAACAUCGUCCCAGUUGCUAUCUUGUUGUUACCAAUACAAAGCUUUGGCCACUGUUUCUAUAUCAACACUUUGUUUUGAGACCGUGCGGUUCCGUUUGUCAUCAGUCAUUCAAGAUUAACAGUCCAAACAAAGCUUGCCGAAUUCACACAAAGGCCGCCAUUGAAUCAUUUCUUCAACUACAUUUGAACACUCGAGCAACAAUUGAUCACCUGAUCCUGUACCUCGAUUGAGCUGCCCAGCGUCCCAACUAGGUUUGAACAACGCCAUCACGAACCACACACUAAACCUGAUGACCGAUACCCAACUCGCUCCGCUUGAGGGUUCUCCGCUUAAGGAUUCGGCAGAUCUUGCUUCGCUCGUGGAGAGCCUUACACAAAAGCUAGAGCGCUCGACAGCGCUGGAAGCCGCCUUACAGACCUCUCUCACAGAGUACAAACAACAGCUCACAGUGGCAAUGGGCGCGGACGCAACCACCCAUCUCACUGCUGAAAUUGCGCAGUUGAACAUACAGCUCGCAAAGGAGCGACAGUUGCGUCAUACGGCUGACACUGAGUGUAACGGAUUGCGCAAGGAGAUUCAGGAUCUCAGCGAGUCGCUCUUCAGCGAGGCCAACGCGAUGGUCUCGGACGCGCGGCGUGAGGCGUACGACUACCAGGUGCGCAACACGCGCUUGACGCAAGACAUGGAUAAUAAGAAGGACUACAUUGAGAUGCUCGAGUCGCAGCUAUCGGACUUGAAGGAUACAUUCCGGCGUAUGGAGGAUGAGUCGAUCCUGAACCUCUCGGGGUCCAACGUGCAUCUUGCACUGGUAUCGCGGCUCUCGGUGGCAGAGGAGGACGAGCCGCGGCCUGAGACACGGCCCGAGGGCCCGUCAAACCGGAAUUCUGUCAUGUCGAUUCGCAACGUCCAGGACGAUGACGCGCACAAAGCCACGCACCAUACCGCGAUAUACGCACCGUUACUCCGUGGCGUUCGCUUUGAUCUCCCCGGCUAUGACGACUUCAAGUGGUUCGUUACAAUGAUUUCUGAUCCUGGCUUUGUGUAUGAGCUCUCCGGCUUGAAUACGUCCAUCUACUUCAACCGCAUUUACAAGCAGGAUGUGGAGGCCACGUUGAACCUUGCGGCGGCGCCGAAGGUGUCGUUCUUCACGCGCAAGACGUUCAUCAAGCACCUUGCGGAUGGUAACGUUAUCAUCGAGCCCAUCUCCGGUAUCAAUGAGACCUACCGCCACAACUUUUCCAAGAAAAGCACCAUCGCCGAGGCUGAUACCGAGUACGUCACCACCAACAUGUACCUGUACCCCAAGGAUUCGCCGCCCAUUGCCACCAAGGAGCACUGUGCCUUCUGCGGUGAGUCACGCAACGACGUUUUGGAGCACUCGCGCUUGUACUACCUCCGUAUUGUCCCCCAGAAGACUGAGGAGACCUACCCGAUGUGUCAAUACUGCCUCGGGCGUAUCCGCGCAGUGUGCGAGUUCUUCUCGACCGUGCGCCUGAUCUCCAAGGGUGUAGUGGUGAGCUUCCGUAACAAGGACGAUGUCGAGAACAGCUACCGCAAGUGCUACGUGAUGUUGUUGAAGCUCCGCGCCAAGAUGCUCUGGGCGAGGGCUGGUAUCUGGGAUAACGGCGAGAAUGUCAUUCUGCUCAGCGAUGAGGACUUGAUGACACACUUGCGGAGGUUGUAUCCGAAGCCAUAGGAGGGAAUAGUGGCUAACAUGGCAUUUAUACGCGAAAGAUGUAGCUUAAAUAGAUACGCUUGCUUUGCUGAAGUAAUUAAUGUCUGGGAGUUAUUCUCAUUGCUCACCCAGCUGAAUUAUGCCUGUUUCACAUUACUUGUAUUCUUGAUGGAACACAAACUGAGGGGCUUGGUUUAGGUUGGAUGGCGA